AUGGACGGCAUGAAGUACGUAGUCAUGACUGGUGGGACGAUGAGUGGGCUCGGAAAGGGAACUUCCAUGAGCAGUUUGGGCGUGUUGUUGAAGGCAAACAAUAUUGCUUUGACCUGCAUAAAAAUAGACCCUUAUUUGAAUGUAGACGCGGGGACAAUGUCUCCUUAUGAGCAUGGAGAGGUUUAUGUACUAAAUGAUGGCGGAGAAGUUGACCUUGACUUGGGCAAUUAUGAGAGAUUCCUAAACCUAACUCUAUCACGUGAUCAUAACAUCACAACGGGUAAAAUAUACGAAAAUGUAAUUUCAAAGGAAAGGAGGGGUGAAUAUCUGGGGAAAACUGUGCAGGUGGUACCAAUGCUAACCAAUCUAAUACAAGACUGGAUAUCCAACGUCUCUCAGAAGGCUGUAGAUCGUAAGGCCUGGAAGAGUCCUCAAGUCUGUCUAAUAGAAGUGGGAGGUACUGUAGGUGAUAUUGAAUCUGCAGUUUAUUUAGAAGCUCUGCAACAACUUAAAAACCGAGUGGGGUCAGAAAACUUCUGCCUAUGCCAUCUUUCAUAUGUACCUACUAUUGGAGACGAUGGAGAACAGAAAACAAAACCAACACAGCAUAGUGUUAAAACACUGAGAGAAGUGGGUUUAACCCCUGAUAUUGUAUUUUGUCGCUGCACAAAUGCACUUACUGAAAGUUCUAGACAGAAAAUUGCCAUGUUCAGCCAAGUAAGGUCGGAGUGCGUUGUGAGUGUCACCAAUUGUGAUAAUUUAUACAAAGUACCGCUUAUUCUCGAUCAACAAAAGGUGGCCCAGUUAGUGUGUGACAAGUUAAAAAUUUCAAUAAACAAUUCUGAUUUGCCCAGAGACUUCAGUUUGGAUACCUGGAAAAAGUUAGCAGAUCGCUCCGAAUUUUCCACAGAUGUUGUAAGCAUAGGAAUUGUCGGCAAAUACACUGGGCUAAUCGAUUCAUAUUUAUCAGUAGUUAGCGCCCUUAAACAUUCGACUAUGGAAGCUAACCUAAAGUUGGAACUGAUAUGGAUUGAUUCAUCGGAGCUAGAGGUAGAAGACUCCAGAGCUUGGAAUCUAAUUAAGUCUGUUGAUGGAGUACUGUGCCCUGGAGGAUUUGGCGAUAGGGGUAUAAAUGGCAAAUGCUUAGCAUCUAGAUAUUGUAGAAAUAAUAAAAUACCUUAUUUGGGCAUUUGCAUGGGGUUUCAAAUGGCUGUGAUUGAUCUAUAUCGUGAAUUUGUUAAUCCAGAAGCUACGUCGGAGGAGUUUAUUUCAGAAUCUGCAACUGCUACUGCCAAGAAUGAUGUAAAAUCGCAAAAUGAUAACACAAAUCUAGCAAUAAUAUCAAUGCCGGAAUUUUCUGGCGACCAUAUGAAGGGUGGUACUAUGAGAUUGGGUAAAAGGGUUACUAUUAUCAAUGACAUUAACAGUCUGGCGUAUGCAAUCUAUGAUAAACAGCAUAUGAUCAAUGAAAGGCAUAGGCAUCGCUACGAAGUAAACCCUCAAAUAGUUCCUAAGCUAGAGUCAUUGGGUCUGAAAUUUGUAGGGAAAGAUGAAACUGGAAAUAGAAUGGAAAUUUGCGAGUUGGAAGACCAUCCAUUCUUCCUAUGUGUCCAAUUCCACCCUGAAUUUAAUUCUUUACCGUUAUCCCCUUCUCCGUGUUUUCUGGCUUUUGUAUUGAGCUGUAAAGGGAUGCUGAGUGAUAGGUUGAACGCUGGUGGGGGCUGUCUGAAACCUGGGAAAGCUUACUUUAAUUAA